CAGGUAUUGCAAUCUGGACCACAUUAUAUUGUUCAUCUGAGCAGUGACCAUUUGACUGGCAUUCAAAGGAAUGGACUGGGUGUUGCCUGAAUUCUCUGUUUGAUAGCUUGAGUGAAAUUGCUAAGGAUUUCAAAUUCGUUUUCAUUGUUGGACAAUCAAAACAGGAUUUCAUAAUCUUUGCCAAGACAGAAAUGUCGACCAGAACAGUGCCAAAGAAUGGAUAAAUUGUUUUAAAAAAGCCGUUUUCUGUUCAUCAGGACUUCUCAUCGUUUGAUUUUGUCACAAAAAAGUUUCUUUGCGGAAUAUAACAGGCAGACCUAUUGCCAUAUUUUUCAAGGUGAUUUUCUAUAAGAAGAAUGGAAUAGGCUGACUCUCUUCUCUUAUGAAAGCUGGACUUGUUUCUUCUGGAGACAUGGCUCAAUCUGAAGACAUGCCUACAGAUUUGGGCGCUGAGGGUAAGGCAGAGAGCGAGUCCGUAGGGGAAAUGAAACGGGCUCGGACCAUGGCUAUGUACAACCCAGUCCCGGCCAAGCACAACUGCCUCACCGUUAACAGGUCUCUCUUUAUAUUUGCUGAGAAUAACAUCUUAAGAAAAUAUGCAAAGAAGAUCAUUGAGUGGCCUCCAUUUGAGUAUAUGAUCUUGGCCACCAUUAUAGCCAACUGCAUUGUGUUAGCCCUGGAACAGCAUCUUCCCGGUGAGGACAAGACACCAAUGUCAAAACGGCUGGAGAAGACGGAGCCCUAUUUCAUUGGAAUCUUCUGUUUUGAGGCUGGUAUCAAGCUGGUGGCACUUGGUUUUGUUUUCCAUAAGGGCUCCUAUCUCAGAAAUGGCUGGAAUGUAAUGGACUUCAUUGUUGUGUUAAGUGGGAUUCUGGCAACAGCUGGAUCUCAUAUGAAUAUUCCAGUGGAUUUGAGAACGCUAAGGGCUGUGCGUGUGCUGAGACCGCUUAAACUAGUUUCGGGUAUUCCCAGUUUACAGAUAGUUCUCAAGUCUAUUAUGAAAGCCAUGGUACCGCUGCUACAGAUUGGUCUUCUUCUCUUCUUCGCCAUUCUGAUGUUUGCUAUCAUCGGCCUGGAGUUUUAUAGUGGGAAACUACAUCACACUUGUGUCUCCUUACCAGAUAUCCUUGAUAAUGAGACCGUGGACUCAUCCGAGGUUGAGUUUGCGUGUGGAGUGAGGCGGUGUCCGGAUAAAUACAACUGUAGUGGCACAUGGAUUGGGCCCAAUGAUGGCAUCACUCAGUUUGAUAACAUCCUGUUUGCUGUUCUCACAGUAUUUCAGUGUAUCACCAUGGAGGGAUGGACUGCUGUCCUGUACAAUACCAAUGAUGCUCUGGGACCCACAUGGAAUUGGAUUUACUUUAUCCCUCUCAUCAUUAUUGGCUCAUUCUUUGUGCUCAACCUUGUUUUAGGUGUCCUCUCUGGGGAAUUUGCAAAAGAAAGAGAGCGUGUGGAGAACAGACGUGCAUUCAUGAAGCUUAGACGGCAGCAACAGGUGGAGAGAGAACUCAAUGGCUACCGUGCGUGGAUAGACAGAGCAGAGGAAGUAAUGCUUGCAGAGGAGAACAAGAAUUCUGGCAGAUCGGCAUUAGAUGUGUUAAAACGGGCCACCAGCAAGAAAAAUGCCAGGCGUCGAGGUCCAGGAGAGGAAAUAUCAACAGUUGGUGGUCCCAGACCAAGGGUCGGUAUACGAACUGCAAGACGAGGGCCUGCUGCUUACCUGCGGCGGAAGGAACGCAUGCUGCGGAUCUCUAUUCGCCGUAUGGUGAAAACAGACACCUUCUAUUGGAUAGUCCUUAGCCUGGUUGCACUCAACACCAUCUGUGUGUCUAUUGUUCAUCACAAUCAACCAGAAUGGCUCACUAUUAUUCAGUACUAUGCAGAAUUUGUGUUUCUUGGACUAUUUCUUGCUGAGAUGUUUCUGAAAAUGUAUGGCCUUGGUUUUCGUCUCUACUUCCAUUCAUCCUUCAACUGCUUUGAUUGUGGGGUGAUUGUGGGUAGUAUUUUUGAAGUGAUCUGGGGAUUCUUCAGGCCUGGAGUGUCUUUUGGCAUCAGUGUCCUUAGAGCUUUACGGCUACUGCGAAUCUUUAAGAUAACCAAAUAUUGGUCAUCCUUGCGAAACUUGGUGGUGUCCCUAAUGAGCUCCAUGAAAUCUAUCAUCAGUUUGCUCUUCCUCCUCUUCCUGUUUAUUGUAGUCUUUGCCUUGCUUGGCAUGCAGCUGUUUGGUGGCAGGUUCAUCUUUGAAGACUUUACUCCUGCAAAUUUUGACACCUUUCCAGCCUCCAUCAUGACUGUCUUUCAGAUUCUUACCGGAGAAGACUGGAAUGAGGUGAUGUACAAUGGGAUACGCUCCCAAGGUGGAGUGCAGUAUGGAAUGUGGUCCUCGAUCUACUUUAUUGUUCUGACCUUGUUUGGGAACUACACAUUGCUCAAUGUAUUUUUGGCUAUUGCUGUGGAUAAUCUAGCCAAUGCACAGGAACUAACUAAAGAGGAGGAAGAAGAGGAGGAAGAGUUCUUUAACCAGCAUUACAAAAGCAGAGAGUUUGGCCUCUCUGAGAGGAGACGGAGGCCAUACUUGUACAGGAAACGUGCUAUCCACCGAGGCCGACCCUCACCUGCAGAGCCAGAGGAGGAAUCUUCUGAAAAGCCAAGCGAAGAAGUGCCUAUUAAUGCUUUUGCUGGGCGCCGUGAGAGACGCAAAAAGAUAAGCACAUCUGUUUGGGAGCAACGGACAAACCAGCUGCGGAAACGACGGCAGAUAGCAAGCCGUGAGGUCCUGUUUGUCAGUCCCACAGAGGACCAGCUGGACACUCCAGUGAGCGAUCAGCACCAUUGCUUGUCCCCUGAAACCAGUCCGUUGCACUUGCCAGAAUCACCAAUGUCAGUGGUAAUGCCUCUACCAGAACCGCCCAUGUCCAUCACCAUCCCUCUGCCUGAACCUCCAGAGUCUGAGCCGGUGCCCUUGAUGGGAUCUGGACAUGAGGACAAGCCAAGUAUAAAUAAUCAUUCCAAUACAGAAAGAAGGCAUCGCGUAGCAAGGAAGUUUCGAGCUGCUGCUGCUGUUGGCGUGGUGGAGGGUAAAAGACCUAAACGCCACAGACAUAGAGAGGCCAAAAUAGAAGCUAAAAACACAGAUAAUCACCAGCAGUUUGGCUACAGUGAGAAACAGGGCGACGAGUAUAAAAAUGAGGAAACACGGUCCAAAAACAUUCUCCACAUUGACGAAACUGAAACAAGCAUGUGUGCCAAGCCAACUGAGGAUCAUGAAGAACGGCGACAUGUGUUUGUUGGUGAUGGGUCUGAGGUUUCCCAAGCAUCUUGUCUUCAGAAGCUACAGUGUAUAAAUACUGAAAUGGAGGAUCAAGCAGAACAACAUGAAUUUAAAUACGUUUCAGGGGAAGUCUCGGACUUUGACAAAAAUGUUGGCUAUUUAAAUCAAGAGGAGUGUAAAACCAGGGCCAGCAUAAAACGAGAGACAUCAUCCCAGCCUUUACUGGAAAUGGCACCAAUCACAGUUAGUUUCAAGGAUGUGGAGGCUGCUGAUGAUAAUGGGGAUGUGGGUGAACAAUCGACUUCCUCCAUAUCUGACACACCAGACAGCAUGUUCAUUUUUAAAAGCGAAAAUCCUAUUAGAAAGAUCUGCCACUAUGCGGUGACCCUGCGAUACUUUGAGAUGACUAUUCUUCUGGUGAUUGUGGCCAGUAGCAUUGCACUGGCUGCUGAAGACCCUGUGAGCACCAAUUCAGAGAGAAAUAAAGUUCUACGCUACUUUGAUUAUGUAUUCACUGGGGUCUUUACCUUCGAAAUGAUUAUAAAGAUGAUUGACCAGGGCCUUAUUCUUCAUGAUGGAUCUUAUUUCCGGGACAUGUGGAACAUUCUAGACUUCAUUGUUGUUGUUGGGGCUCUAAUUGCUUUCGCACUGACGAAUUUAAUGGGAAACAACAAAGGCAGAGACAUCAAGACCAUCAAGUCUUUACGAGUCCUCAGAGUUCUUCGUCCCCUCAAGACCAUCAAAAGACUUCCAAAGCUCAAGGCUGUGUUCGAUUGUGUGGUCACAUCCCUAAAGAACGUCCUUAACAUUCUCAUUGUCUACAAACUCUUCAUGUUUAUCUUCGCUGUCAUUGCGGUGCAGCUUUUUAAAGGAAAGUUUUUUUACUGUAAUGAUGGCUCCAUGGGCACUCAGAAGGAAUGUCAGGGCUACUACAUUGACUAUGGGAGAGACAGAAAGGAGGUGAAGAGGAGGGAGUGGAGGAGACAUGAGUUCCACUAUGAUAAUGUUCUUUGGGCUCUUUUAACACUCUUCACCGUGUCAACAGGCGAGGGCUGGCCACAAGUUCUUCAACACUCAGUGGAUGUAACUGAAGAAGACCAUGGCCCAAGUAGAGGAAACCGCAUGGAGAUGUCAAUUUUCUAUGUUGUUUACUUCGUUGUUUUUCCCUUUUUCUUUGUCAACAUCUUUGUUGCUCUCAUCAUCAUCACAUUCCAGGAGCAGGGCGACAAGAUGAUGGAGGAAUGCAAUCUGGAGAAAAAUGAGCGGGCUUGCAUAGACUUUGUUAUUAGUGCAAAGCCUCUAACAAGAUACAUGCCUCAGAACAGACAGACACUCCAGUACCGAUUAUGGCACUUUGUGGUGUCACCAUCAUUCGAGUACACAGUUUUGGUCAUGAUUGCACUUAACACAGUUGUGCUUAUGAUGAAGUACCACUCGGCCCCAGCUACUUAUGACACAGUGUUAAAGCACCUGAACACAGCAUUCACUGUGCUAUUCUCUCUUGAAUGCAUCUUGAAAAUAAUGGCUUUUGGCGUUAUGAAUUACUUUCGUGACACAUGGAACAUAUUUGAUUUUAUCACCGUACUUGGCAGCAUCACUGAAAUUGUGGUAGAUUUACAGUCUUUGAACACCAUCAAUAUGAGUUUCCUGAAACUGUUCAGAGCAGCUAGACUCAUUAAGCUGUUGCGGCAAGGCUACACAAUACGAAUUUUGCUGUGGACAUUUGUUCAGUCUUUCAAGGCCCUUCCGUAUGUUUGUCUUCUUAUCGCCAUGCUGUUCUUUAUAUAUGCCAUUAUUGGCAUGCAGGUAUUUGGAAAUAUUAAAUUAAAUGCUGAAAGCCACAUCAAUCAGCACAACAAUUUCAAGACUUUCUUUGGUGCCUUGAUGCUGCUUUUUAGAAGUGCCACAGGAGAGUCGUGGCAGGAGAUCAUGCUCUCAUGUCUCAGUAGGAAGGAGUGUGAGCCGGACCCUUCUAUAGCGCCACCUUUCACCUCGCCAGAUCAUCAAGGUGGUUGUGGGACGGAUUUUGCCUAUUUCUACUUUGUUUCCUUCAUCUUUUUCAGCUCAUUUUUGAUGCUGAACCUGUUCGUGGCUGUAAUUAUGGACAACUUUGAGUACUUGACUCGGGACUCCUCCAUUCUUGGCCCUCAUCAUCUGGACGAGUUUGUACGCAUCUGGGGGGAAUAUGACCGAGCAGCAUGUGGCCGUAUACACUACACUGCUAUGUACGAGAUGCUAACUCACAUGUCUCCACCUCUUGGACUGGGAAAGAAAUGUCCUGCCAAAAUUGCUUACAAGAGACUGGUGUUGAUGAAUAUGCCAGUGGAUGAGGACAUGACAGUUCACUUUACAUCAACACUCAUGUCUUUAAUCCGAACAGCACUGGAGGUCAAAAUUGCCAGAGGUGGCGAGGACCGGAUUCAGUUAGACACUGAACUGCAAAAGGAAAUAAGUGUUACAUGGCCACACCUACCCCAAAAAACUUUGGAUCUUCUGGUACCGAUCAAUAAAGACACGGACAUGACUGUUGGAAAGAUCUAUGCGUCGAUGAUGAUCAUGGAUUACUUUAAGCAAAGCAAAGCCAAGAAAUUGAGACUACAGAUUGAGGCACAGAGAAGUCCCAACCUGCCUCUGAUAUCUCAUAGUGCUGGAUCAGCCCUGACCAGUGGAGGGUUUGUGGCUUUGAGUCCACUAUCACCACAGGAGCUCUUACUGCAGCCCAUGAGCCAUCGCACUGACAGCAGCGAAGACAACGAUGUCUCACAGGUUGAUGAAUCAGAGUUAAAUGGCCAUUGGGGAGAAGAUGAACAUGCAUUCAGAACAAGACACAAGAGCUACAAAGCUGCAGUUUCCCGCUCAGGCCAGUCACAGUACUUGGAAAAGGUGCGGGGACGACCAAAAGAACAGCGGCUUCUACGGUCCCCAGAGAACUCUAAAUCUGGCUCGCGCUCUCCCAGUGAGGAGAGGAUGCAUGGUGUCACCAGACAGGGCAACAGCUCAGAAAGCCCAGUUCCCUCCACCUCGGAAUCCAGCACCCCAAGUGGUAAGCGGCGUCUUUCCCAAACCUCCACCUGCUCACGUCCUCAUAUUUCUUACUCGCCCUUAGUGUGCAAGACGCAGUCUUCAUCACAAGCUCAUGAGGAUGAUGAUGACCCAACCAUGCAGCAGAUGUUAGUCUGCUGUGGUACUUCCGUGUGGGAUAACAGUGCUGAAGACCAGGACAUAAGGGCAAGACAUCAGGAGGGCCAUCAUUUCGAAAUGGAUGAGUCCUUUCUUGCCCUACAAGAGGAAGAGCACAGUCCCGAUACUUCAACGCCUAUGGAAACUCUCACGUUUGAGGCUGCGGUGGCCACCAGCCUAGGCCGUGCUAACACCAUCAGUGCGUCGAUGCGCACGAGGUCACGGAGGGGCUGGCAGGUGCCUAACGGACACUUCCGGAAAAGAUUGGCUCAGAGUGUAUCCAUCGCGGGUGGUGAAGCCCUCAGUGAUACAGAAGAUGACAAAUACUAGAUUUAUCAGUAUACAGAUAUCUAGGACACUGAGGUGGACACUGAUCUCCAUAGACAGAGGAGCAAUAUUAAACAGGGGUUUUAUAGACAUAUGGGCAUAUUCUGUGUAUGUAAUGAAAUGAGUCAGGAAAAGGUAUCAAAACUCUUCAAUUUACUUGUUUUUUUUGAUUACUCAACUGGAAAGCACACAUAUGGGGCCCUGCUUUAUUACCUGUUGAGGAAAUGAUGUUAAUGGUUAUCAUGAUUUUACCUUAAUUCCAUUGUGUGGUUAAUUUCUGCACUGAAAGGUGCUAAUAAUGCAAAUUCUACUGCUGGGAAAUGUUCCUUAAUUUAAUUGAAUAGGCCACUGUUAGUAGAUAGGCAGUACAAUCUAUUAAUAAAUGACAUUUAAUAUUUUAGAAAAACCUGAAAUGUUGUUACCUUUACAUUUUCACAAACUUGAAGUGGCGACCUGUUGACAAUUAAACUUGACAUUCAUAGGUUAGUUCAUGCAAACUUACAUGAUGGCUUAAACAGAAAAGAAGGGAAAAGACGUUACGAUUGAGGCUUCAAUUGUUCUACAGUAAACGUCUGCUUUGAAAUGUGUUUACCUGAAUUUCUAUUGUGAACUCUUAUAAAGACUCAACCUUAUUCAGGAAAUGUCCAAUCAAUUCAGGAAAUGUUAAAAAA